AUGUUGCGGGUUAAUUCAUCAGAUCCUUUUGCUCCAGGACCAGUCUUUAGCGGGUUACAGAGACCAGUUACAACUUAUAAUAUUUUUAAAGUAAGCCAUAAUAAUAACAAUACUCUUUUAAAACCUCCAGGGCAGUCAAAGGCUUCAAGUGGAACGUUACUCCCAUUAAAACCCGUUUUUACACACAAAUUCGGAGUAUCGCCUUUAACGUCAACAAAGCAGUCGCAUAAAGAAGUUGAUAAAAUAAAUAGCAGAAAUCUCUCUCCGAGAAAUCGAAAGCAGGCUAAAUUUGCAUUGACAGCCCCUUUACCAACUCCUAAGAAGGAACAUCUGAAACCAUUACCAAAUAUAUUCGAAAAGGCAAAAAAUUGUUACGUUCCUAAUAAGUCUUUAUCACGCAAUGUUUUUCUAAGUUUCAAAAAGUCUGACAUCAAACCAACGUAUCAUAUAAAGAAACAUAGGAGAACUGUAGUUCUUGCUCCACCCAAGAUCAACUUAAAACCUACAGAGAGGCCAUCUCGAAUCACAAUUAAAACAGAAAGUAAACAUCACAGACAUCGAAGUAAAAGACGACACAGGUCGAGAUCAGUGUCUCGGUGCAGAGAAUCUGCUAACCGUAAUGUAGCUGAAACAAUUGAUCAAAAAUUUAAUACUGAUAUGGACAAUCUCAUAAACAAUUUUAUUAAGCUGUGCCAGGUUGCACCAAAAUUAUUGACAAACGUCGGAUUAAACUCUCCAAAGCAUGUAGAAAAGGAGAAGCCUCCUUCAGAGACCGCUGCGGCUAAGGUAGUAAAACGAACUUCGAAGAAGCGUAAAACUUCUGACAAUUUAGAAACUGCGACACCUACAUCAAAACGAAGACAUAAAAAGCAGUUAGCAGAAUCUCAAAAUAAGGGAAAAGAUACAAAUGAACAUAAACUACCGCUUAAGAAAAGGCAUUAUCACAUAAACUCGUCAACCAGCAAUUCAUUAAGUUUAAGUUUGGUGACCUCUGAAUUUGAUGAAAAUUUGAAGAAUGAAGCUGGAUCUGAAAAGUUUUUGUGUACAGAAUCUGAUUGCCUUGUUGAUUUACAAACUCAAGAUUCUGAAGAUUCACCUAAAUCUAAGUCGGUUUCUGAAAAAUCUAAAAGACCGGGUGAGAGUUUAAAAAUUGUUACGGCAUCUGAGAGUAAGAUUAUUUCAGAUUCACUGCCGAAGGAAAUUAAAACAGAUGGUGAUACUAAAAACAUAAUAAUAAAAAAUGAUGAAAGCAACUCUCCAGUCUUGGAUGAUUCUGCUUCAAAUUCAAUUAACAUUACGGACGAUGAUUUGUUGAUAAAGAAGCCAUCGGCAGAACAGUCUGAACUGUCAAAAAAAAUAUAUGAAACCUCCGAAAAAUUAAAAGCUGUCCAUAAAAUGGUUCAUGAUUUAGAGAAAAGCUUACCGAAAACGAAGGAUGUCGAUGUUAAACCAGAAUCAUCAAAAUUAGACAGCAGUCGAAUUUCCUCCCCUAGAUCUGAAACGAAAUCAUCACCAAUGCGAAAUCCCAUAGUGACGCCGAAAAAGCGCCAUAGGCUGGAAGCUGAAAAGGAUGCAUCACACUCCAACUUAAAUAAUGUUGUGCAGUCUCUAUCUAAAAAAAUAUCCGAAGAAAAGCCUUUGAUCUCCGAUAAGAAAGAUAUAAAUGAAAAUACAUCUCAGGAAGAUAUUAAGGAUGGCGAUAAAACGACAUCUCCUUCACCAAACACCACAUCAGUUCCAGCGUCAGGUACCGGAACUGAUCCUUUGAAGAGUAUGUCUGCCAGAUCAUUAUAUAAGAGUGCAAUUCCACCUGCACAGAAAUCAGAAAUAAUGACUCGGAAGAAAAACAGGCUCGAAGGCUUAACGAGCAAUUUAGUUUCCAAAAUUAAUCCGAGUGCCGCUACUAAAGUACUUGAUACACUUUUAAACAACAACAUAAGAAAAUCAAUAGAAUCACGAAUAUUGGAAAAGGAGAAAAGUAAUUCUGACAGUAGUUGCAGUAACAAAUCAGAUGAUAAAAUCAGAGGAAAAGAUUCACCGAAUAAUCAGAUAAACACUAGAGCCAGCGUCAUUAAAUCUCCGGUAUCGAAAGGAAAGCUAUUGGAGACUAAAUGUAAAACCAGAAUAUCUGACUCGUUAUCGGGUAACACUGUGGUUGUAAACGUCGAUAAUCCCACUGGAAUUUUUGAAUCCUCUGUAGACUUAGAAGACCAAAUUCCUAAAUCAUCUAUAUGUGUCAGUAACAUACUAGCCGAAAAGAAUAAAAAAUUGAAAAACCACGAUUCGAAAAGUUCUAUAUUAUCUUCUAUCGAUACUGAAUCGGAUUUACCAUUAUCGUUGAUCGCAGAAUCUUCUGAUUCUAUUUUAAGACCUAAACGAGGGGAAUCUAUAGCGGCAGUCAUAUCUGAUAAAAUCCAAGAGACUGCUGGUGGCCACAACUUACGACAACCUAAGAGAAAUUUAAUGACUGAUAGUGAUGAUGCAAACGAAAAGAAAAAGAAGAAAACUUCUAAUAAUAUCAUAAGAGAAAGUAAAUUAGUUCUUCCCUCUAAAAUAUUAAUUCCGAAAGUUCAAGCAGAGAGGAUGCUAAUUGGUAAUAUAAUAAAGAAAUCUCACUUACAAAUUAAGAAAUCUGAACAGACUGCUGAAGAACCCAACGAUCCUAUUAAAACUAUUGAUCCUGUCAAAAAGAAACCUCGAAGACGAAAAGCUUUCAAUAGAACGGGUUUCCCAAAUGUGAAACGCAAGAAGAAAAAGGUUGAAUAUAAUAAUUCGGCUAACAGCUCCCAUGAUCAAUUAGGUUCCGAAGAUACGGAUAGUUCUGCAUUUGAGAGAGUGCCGAAAGAUGGUGAAGCUAUGAGUAACUUCUUAGAACGCACUACUAAUAAGCAACCGGAGUUAAAGAUUGUUUUGAAUAAAGAGGAAUGUCCGAAACAAGGGCGUCUGACAGUUGUUGCGUUAGAGAAACUACAAGGAAGGGAAGCGCUAAAUAAACCUAAUAAACAAGGCGAUAAAGCUGUUCCGGAAAAGAAAACUUCAUCCAUAUUAAGAGCGCCUGCUUUACAAUUAAAACAAAAGACUGAUAAAGAAAUUAAAAACCACGUCAAUAAAUGGGAAGUACUAAGUGAGACUGAUAGUAUACCUUCGUUAGCGAGUUCUCUUGGCAAUGACCCUGAAGACAGUAUUCCGUUGAGUUUAUUGAACUUGAAGCAAAAGGCCAAUAGAGUAGAAAAUAUUGAGCGAUUAAAAAGGAAAAGUCGGGUUCUUUCACCUUCUAAUGAAAUCGAACAAAUCUUUUCAAAACGCAAGGUCGUAGAGAAAACUUGCAAAGUUGGACUUCGGCCGAAAUCGAGUCUGGCUGUAUUGUAUCCCAGUGAGCGAAGACAUACGAGAAGUUUUGAUAAUACUGCUGAGGAUGGGAAAAUUAAGACAAGAAAAUCAGAAAACAAGAAAGUUUUGGAGGUUACAGAAAAAGAAAAGAAUAAACCCAUGGGCAUAAUAACUAGGAGAAAGUCGAGAUCAUGUCAGCUGAAUAAAAAGGUGGCUAAUGAUGUUGUAAACAGUUCAAGAGAGAGUUCAUUGGAGACGAUUGUUAGUCGUAAAAUGCCGCCGUCACGGGAACCCUCUAUCGACACACUCUUAGACCAUGAUGAAAAUGAGCCCUUACCGCUCAAUGAGAAAGAAAUUGAUUUCGAAAAAAGCAUAGAUGUUAUAUCCAAGAAUAUUAUUUGUAAGAAGAGGGCCGCUGCUUCUCGUGAUGGAAGCCCGUCUAACGGAGUGGAUAGUAAAGAGAGAAUUGUGUCUAAGAAAAAUCCAAGGCUACGAAAGAAGUUCUUAUUAGCCGGCUUAUUUUCGGAAUACUACAAGGAAGAUCCAAAGCCAGAAGGAAAAGGAAAGAAUCUGAUUACGCAAACAGAAUUUCCCCCUGGGCUCUUGGGCCCGCCCCCAUACUGCGAACGUUGGGUUCGAAAAAGACUCAUUCACUUCACGCUGCCUUACGAUAUUUGGUGGGAACAACAUUAUAACCAACCAGUGCCUUCAUGGAAUUAUAAGAAAAUACGCACAACUGAAGAAUGCGAAAGUGAUUUGAUCAAUAUGCAUCACAAUGCGCGGCGUCAAAAAAAAAAAAAAAAAAAAAAAAAAUAUUCCGGCUGUAACGAAGACUGUAUCAACCGACUGGUCUAUUCUGAGUGUUCACCUCAAUUGUGUCCUAGCGGUGAUAAAUGCAAGAAUCAAAGGAUUCAACGCCACGAAUGGGCGUCUGGUUUGGAGAAAUUCAUGACUGAGAACAAAGGGUGGGGAGUUCGGACUAAACAUAGGAUAACGUCUGGAGACUUCAUAUUGGAGUAUGUGGGUGAAGUCGUCUCUGAUAAGGAGUUUAAGGAGCGAAUGGCAACCCGAUAUGCCAGGGACACACAUCACUACUGUCUACACUUGGACGGUGGUUUAGUGAUUGACGGACAUCGCAUGGGCGGAGAUGGACGCUUCGUCAACCAUUCGUGUCGACCCAACUGUGAGAUGCAAAAAUGGACAUCUAAUGGUACUUUCAGGAUGGCGUUAUUCGCACUAAGAGACAUCGAUCCGGAUGAGGAAUUGACUUAUGACUACAACUUUUCACUGUUCAACCCAGCUGUAGGACAGCCCUGCAAAUGCGACUCGGAAGACUGUCGCGGCGUCAUUGGUGGCAAGUCACAGCGCAUAACGAAACAGCCACUGAAAACGCAAUCACGGACACCGUCUAAUGCCUCAAACCAAUCAAGUACCUCUAACCAGCCGCGGGUUGGAAGACCACGAAAAGCAGUGAAAUGUAAUAAGAAAUCUGACCAAUUGAACGAAUCGGCUUGCGACAUCAAGAACAUGACGAUUUUGAAGUACCAACAACAUUUGAACAAGCUCUGGCAAGAACCACAAUUAAAACCUCUGACGGCUAAAGAAAGGACACUGGUUAAGGAUAGGCAUUGCUUCUUGUUUAGGAAUUUGGAGAAUGUUCGUCGUACCCGCGAGAAGAUAACACUCCCCAUGCCCCCAUCGCCCGUAUCUAAUGUCCCAAGUGUCAGUUUGCCCCCCGUUCCCGAAGUUAUCAAUGUCGAUCCGUUAGCCUUACCCGAUACAAUGAAUCCUCAAGUUUUCCACAAAAAAUUGCAAAAUCUUCGAGCGUCGAAGGAUGAAAUACUGAAAUUGGCCAAAUUCGAAGAUGACUCUACAUUAGAUAGGAAACAACGGCUGGGUCGAGUGUUCAAGGCCCUGUUUACAAUUUUAACCACUUUUAAAGGCGACGAAGACAAGCCAAUCUGUACACCAUUACUCAAACUUAAGAACCAGAAAUCGGACUCUAUAUCAGAUUUAAAUGGUAUUCAAAAUAAAAUAGAUAACAACGACUAUGAAAGCAUAGUACAGUUCGACAGCGAUGUUAGCGGACUGAUGUCUAUGCUAAUGAGAGAGUAUAGUAAAGCCACUGCUGUGGGAUCGGCUGCUGCGCAGUUGAAAAAGGUCUACACAACCGCCAAAUUGGAGUUUGCCGAACAUCUAAGUAAAAUCCUUGGCUCUCAGGAAAGUCUGCCAUCUGGAUUUAUACAAAAAACUAAACCGGAGGAAGUAAUCCUGUGCAUCUGCGGUCUACACGUAGAAGAAGGACUAAUGGUGCAAUGUGGCAACUCGCGUUGUGGUGUAUGGCAACACGCGCGAUGUAUGCGACUCGCUGAUACCAGCUCUACGCACUACUGCCAUCUGUGUUCUACGGAGCCUGUGGAUCGCGAAAUUCCUCUAGACGAGUAUACAGAGGAAGGCCAUCAAUUCUACUUAUCGCUGAUGCGUGAUGGCCUUCAAGUAAGACAAGGCGAUACAGUUUACGUGCUAAGAGAUAUACCCAUUAAUGAUAAACAUCCCGAUGUCAGCCAAAAAACAGGAGAUAAAACGGAUUCGCCGAAGACUAAACGCGUCGACAGGAAGAAGUUAAAGAACAUCAAGGGAAAGGAAAAGGAAGAUAUUACGGUUAAUAAGGAUAACGAGGUACGAAAACACACAUACCAAACCAUCGGAUGCGUUCCAGUCUCCGAGCUGGAUAUAUUCCGCGUGGAACGUUUGUGGAAACACAAGGACACGCAAGAGAGAUACGUGUACGGGCAUCAUUACUUGCGGCCGCAUGAGACAUUCCACGAGCCCACUAGGAAAUUCUUCCACAAUGAAGUAAUGCGCGUACCCUUAUAUGAAGCCGUUCCCAUAGAACUUGUCAUGUCCCAGUGCUGGGUCAUGGAUCUCAAUACAUUCUGCAAGGGUCGGCCAGUGGGCGCAUCUGAAGCCCACGUAUACAUCUGUGAGCUACGCGUGGAUCGUACAGCGCAUCUCUUCACAAAAGUGUCUCGACCGAAAUAUCCAUUGUGCACGAAGCCUUACGCCUUCGACCAUUUCCCGCAAAGGCUUAAAAUUUCAAGGACGUACGCGCCUCAUGAGGUGUUGCCGGAAUACCUUAAAGGUCGCGCUGGCAAGAAUUUCCUCGCCACGGACAAACCGAAAGCAACAAACGAAAUUAAGAAAAAGCCAUCAACCAGUGCAAUUUCUAGUGUUAGUAAGGCAUUAUCCCCUGCCCAGCGACGCGAGCAGCAAAAAGAGCGAGUGAAUGAAAUAGCUCGAGGUCUGCUCACACGGGGAGGUCAACGUGGAGCAGUUGACGCAUCGUAUCUAUUGGCGCCUCGCGUUGCGAGGAGACCUCGCGCCAGGCUCUCCUGA